AUGGAGCCUCGGACCGCGACGCUGCGGCGCCGUGCUGUGCCAUCCUCGCUGUCCACGCAAGGAUACACGCCUGUGGGCCAAGACAGUACUGUGCCUGCACCUGCGCGCGCCAAACAUGCACCAGCCACGUCGACAUGGCGUAGCAUGGGGAUUGCGCUGUUGCUUUUUGUGCUCGCACUUCUUGUUCGCACCUUCCAAAUUGGCCAGCCUUCGGAAGUCGUGUUUGAUGAAGUGCAUUUUGGUAAGUACGCUGCCUUCUAUAUCACGGGCCGUUACUUUUUCGAUGUGCAUCCCCCGCUUGCCAAGCUCAUGGUCGCCUUGGGCGCGUGGCUCGCUGGCUUCGAUGGCCGCUUUGAGUUCAAUACGAUCGGUGAGUCGUACAUUGACACAAAUGUGCCCUACCGCCAGAUGCGUGCGUUUCCUGCGUUGAUUGGGUCUUUAUAUGUGCCGCUCGUGUACAUGAUCUUGCGGGAGACUGGUAUUUCCAUGCUCAUUUCCAGUGUGUGUGCGUUGGCUGUGCUGGCCGACAAUGCUCAUAUUCUGCAGUCGCGCCUGAUUCUUCUGGAUGCGCCGAUGGUCCUGUUUAUUUUAUGCAGUCUGUACACAUACAUCAAGUUUUAUACACAGCGAUACAAGCCCUUCAGUGCAUCUUGGUGGUGCUGGCUCUUUGCUACUGGCAUUUCUCUUGCACUCACGAUCUCGUGCAAGAUGGUAGGUGUUUUGACAUUUGCCACGAUCGGUGGCGCUGUCCUCUUUGAUCUGUGGGAUCUUCUGGAUAUCCGCCGUGGGCUUUCGAUGCGCCGUUUUAUGAAGCACUUUUGUGCUCGUGCGUUUGCGUUGAUCAUCCUGCCUUUCUUCGUGUACCUCGGAUGGUUCUAUGUGCAUUUCGCAUUGCUGACCAAGAGUGGUCCAGGCGACGAUUUCAUGAGUACGCGAUUCCAGCAGACCCUGGUUGGAAACGACCUGCUGCAAAACGCUAUGGAACUGCACUACUUGGACACAAUUACGCUGCAGCAUCGCGCGACGGAGGCAUAUCUGCACUCGCAUGACCAUCAUUACCCGCUUAAAUACGAUGACGGCCGUAUCUCUAGUGAGGGGCAGCAAGUCACUGCGUACGAGCACCCUGACUCCAACAACCUAUGGAAGAUCAUGCCUGUGCGCCCCAUCAACAACGAGGACGGCUCGUUCAACCGGACAUUGCGUCGUAUCUACCACGGAAACAUGAUUCGUCUGAUGCACGUUGGUACCAACUCAUUCCUGUUAGCGCAUGACGUCGCCUCGCCACUUAUGCCGACUAACGAAGAGAUCACCACUGUGCCUGCUGAGCACCUGGCAGACGAGCUGGACGAUACUGUCUUUGAGCUGCACAUUGACGGCGGCGUCGUGAACCAAACGACGUGGCAUAGCCGUCGCUCUCGUGUGCGCCUUAUCCACAAUACGACACGUGUGGCCGUAUGGACGCGUCCGAAUGGGAUUCUUCCUAGCUGGGCGUUUGGUCAGCUAGAAGUCAACGGCAUCAAGAAUGCUAUGGACAAAACGGCACUGUGGGUUGUGGACGAUGUCCAACCUGAUCCCUCCUCGCCCAUGUACGAUACUCGGAUCCGUCCUGCCUCCAAGCCCGAGGACCCGAAACCUAUUCCCUUCCUGGACAAGUUCCUGGAACUUCAGCAUCUCAUGCUCGAACACAACAGCAAACUGGUCCAGAGCCAUCCGUAUGCAAGCCGCCCAUGGACAUGGCCCAUUAUGCUGGAUGGUGUGCUGUAUUGGUCGCAGGAUAGCACACGUCGCCAACUAGCCCUCUUUGGUAACAUCGUGGGCUGGUGGGCAGGUCUCUUUGGCGUGCUUCUUUUUGCCGCUGUGUUCACCUUGGAUUUGCUGCUUCGUCGGCGAGGGCAGUACCAUAUUGCCACAGUCGUUCGUCAUCGGUACCUGCGCACCACGGGCUUUUUCGUGUUUGCCUGGGCGUGUCACUACCUUCCGUUCUUUAUUAUGGGCCGCCAACUAUUCCUGCACCACUACUUGCCCGCGCACGUUUGCGCCAUUCUCGUGCUGGGUGGCAUGCUGGAGAUGCUUACUAGUCGCGGUAUCGAGCUGCCUUUGAGCCGUCCAGGCCCCUUCAUGUCCAGCGAUAGGCAGCGUCCACGUAUGCACCGUCGUUUCUACACCACAGCAUACGUGACUGCUGGUGUUUUGGUUGCGGCAUUGGUGGCUAUGUAUAUCUUCCUCGCACCCUUUACGUAUGGGCAUGUGGGUCUCACAGCGGCUCAGCUGCAUGCGCGCCGCCUCCUUCCUUCCUGGCGCAUGCAGUACGCCAAGUAG